UCGUCCGGGAGAAAGUGGAAAAAGGAAGAAGAAACAAAGCUCGCUCACUCUGAUCUUCAAUGUCGUCUGUGCUGAAUACUGUCUCAUCCUUAAGAUUAUCCUUAUCCAGCGUCUAUGCCGGCAGCAACAACUACCGAGUUAGGACUCAGUCCCUUUCACCUCCCGUUUCUGCUUCUUUUACCAGGCGGAGACUGACGAUCAGGGCGGCGGAUACCGAUACAGAUAAAGCUGAAUCUAAGGUUCCGGACAAGGCACCUGCUGCUGCUGGUGGAUCCAGCUUUAACCAGCUUCUUGGUAUUAAAGGAGCCUCUCAAGCAACUGACAAAUGGAGGAUUCGUCUUCAACUUGCAAAGCCUGUCACUUGGCCACCACUGGUAUGGGGAAUUGCCUGUGGAGCGGCUGCUUCUGGAAACUUCCACUGGACUUUUGAGGAUGUUGCCAAGUCAAUUAUUUGCAUGAUAAUGUCUGGUCCAUGUCUCACAGGCUAUACACAGACUCUCAAUGACUGGUAUGAUAGAGAGAUAGACGCAAUCAAUGAGCCUUAUCGUCCUAUUCCUUCAGGAGCAAUAUCUGAGAAUGAGGUUAUUACCCAGAUCUGGGUUCUUCUCUUGGCUGGCCUUGGCUUAGCUGGUUUGUUAGAUUUGUGGGCAGGACAUAAUUUCCCUAUUGUAUUUUACCUUGCUGUGGGUGGAUCCUUGCUUUCAUACAUAUACUCUGCUCCACCUUUAAAGCUAAAACAAAAUGGAUGGAUUGGAAAUUUUGCUCUUGGAGCGAGCUAUAUUGGUUUGCCCUGGUGGGCUGGCCAAGCUUUGUUUGGCACACUUACACCGGACAUAAUUGUUCUCACACUUCUGUAUAGCAUAGCUGGGUGGGGUAUUGGCAUUGUUAAUGACUUCAAAAGUAUUGAAGGAGACAAAGCACUUGGACUUCAGUCACUUCCAGUAGCCUUUGGUGCUGAAACAGCUAAAUGGAUCUGUGUUGGUGCUAUUGAUAUAACUCAGAUUUCUGUAGCUGGUUACCUUCUGGGGGCUGGUAAACCAUAUUAUGCAUUGGCUCUACUUGCCUUGAUAAUUCCCCAAGUUAUAUUUCAGUUCCAAUACUUCCUCAAAGAUCCCGUUAAAUAUGAUGUUAAAUAUCAGGCAAGUGCCCAGCCGUUUCUGGUGCUUGGUUUGUUGGUUACUGCUCUAGCAACAAGCCACUGAUAUGGAAGGCAAAUAAGAUUGGGAGGGUUACUUGAAAAGCUGAAUAGCUCGCAGUUCUAAGGAGCAGCUUCAUAUGUUGAUGUAAAUUAUUAAUUAUGUGAGCUUUCUCCCCGCGUUAGCCUUCCUAAUUGCUUCGGAAGACAUGAUCAUAUAAGGCUUCUUGUGCUCUGUUUUUUCCACUCUCAUGUUUCUGUAAUCUAGAAAUAGUUUCUUCCUCUGUAGACCUUUUUUCCCUGUCCUGUCUUCUUCCAGAAAACAGUGAAAAGCAACUAUUUUGUGCCU